AUGGCAGAGACAUUCAAAGCUGCCUUUCACUGGGAAGGAUUUCCAAUGGCACCAACGGCAGUCACUCGCCAAGAGCAUAAUAUUAAUUUAAUACAAGCCAAACCGUGGAUAAUACCUGAAUCGGGUCCAAGUGAACAGAAGCAGUCCCCAUCCCCAUUCAAUGCCAUGGAUACCAAUCCUGCAGAUGAGAUGAUGGGCAGUCACUCUAUAGACCAUGGACAUAUACCUCAGGCUUUGGGGCUAUUGAUAUCAUUCCAUGUCCGGAUCCAAAAGAUCCAACUGAAGAUUCCUUAUGCAAAAAAUCUCGACAAAAGGAGACUAAACCGAUUUGCCCCAAAUAAGAACAGAUCAGAGAUCAGUCCCUCGUCCCCAGAGGAUGAGUAG